AUGUCUCUUACGGCAUCAGCAGCCUGCGCUGCGUUGACAUUGCUUGCCGACAAGCCUGAUGACGGAAGCAAAAGGCCAUGGCGUCCCAACGACCCUGUGAAAGAACAGCGCGAUCUAUACACGCAGUUUGUAAUUAGCUCUGCGCUUGGUCUCAUCGCCUUUUUGACGUUCUGUAUUUUGCGACCAAAAUGGACCGAGUUGUAUGCUGCCCGACGACGACAAAGAAAUGCUGCUUCGCAGUUACCUGAGCUUCCAGAUACCCUUUUUGGUUGGAUUCCCGUUCUUCAUCGGAUUACAGAAGAGGAGGUGCUGCAGUCUGCGGGCCUAGAUGCAUAUGUGUUCAUGUCUUUCUUCAAGUUUGCGAUCCGAUUUCUUCUGGCUGUCUUUAUCUUCGCUGUUGCCAUCAUCCUCCCUAUGCACUACAAAUACACCGGCCAAUAUGGAGUUCCUGGCUGGGAUAACGUCCCCGGCAAUGAUACCAUGAGUUCACUUGGUGGAAUCGAAAAAGAAAAGCCAGUUACAGACCCUGGAUAUCUUUGGAUAUACGUACUGUUCGCAUAUGUCUUCAGUGGCUUGGCCAUCUACAUGCUUCUUGACGAGACAAAAGUAAUUAUUCGCACUCGGCAAUCCUAUCUCGGGAAUCAGACAAGCACCACUGAUCGCACCAUUCGUCUGUCCGGAAUCCCGAAUGACUUGGGAACCGAAGAUAAGAUCAAAGAAUUCGUGGAAGGCCUGCGAGUCGGCAAAGUGGAGAGUAUCACGGUGUGCCGAAAGUGGCGGGAGCUGGACGAAUUGAUCGACGAGAGAAUGAAAGUCAUUCGUGAACUUGAGAGAGCAUGGACAAAACAUAUGGGAUACAAGCGACCAAAGAACGAUGGAAAUACAUUGCCGCUGACGGAGCAACAACCCCGUGAUGCAGACGAUGAACGGUCCGGACUCCUGUCCGGACACGAGAACGAGCAUGUCUCGGAGUAUUCGAAUGAAAGACCCAAGACUCGUAUCUGGUAUGGUCCAUUGAAGCUUCGUUUCCGGAUGAUCGAUGCAAUCGAUUACUAUGAGGAGAAGCUACGGAAGAUUGAUGAACAUAUCAAAAACGCCCGAGAGAAAGAAUAUCCUACUACCGAGAUUGCUUUCGUCACGAUGGAGUCAAUCGCCGCGUCUCAAAUGCUUGUUCAAGCGAUCCUUGAUCCACACCCAAUGCAGAUGUUCGCUCGACUUGCACCGGCGCCGGCAGAUGUUAUUUGGAAAAACACUUACUUGUCGCGUACUCGACGAAUGGUUCAGUCAUGGUCCAUCACCAUGGUCAUUGGAUUCCUCACCGUGUUUUGGUCUGUGCUCUUGGUUCCUAUUGCCUCAUUGCUGGAGCUGAAGACACUUGAGACGAUUGUCCCUCGGCUGGCAGAAUUCCUCCAGGAACAUCCGAUCGUCAAGUCGUUGGUUCAGACCGGAUUGCCUACCCUCGCAUUCUCGCUGUUGACAGUAGCUGUGCCUUAUCUCUAUGAGUGGCUCUCGAACAACCAAGGAAUGGUGUCACGUGGGGAUGUUCAGCUCUCCGUGAUCUCCAAGAAUUUCUUCUUCUCGUUCUUCAAUUUGUUCCUUCUGUUCACUGUGUUUGGAACAGCGAGUGGCUUCUAUGGGUUCUGGGAAAGUCUUCGGGAUGCAUUUAAAGAUUCUACAACAAUUGCCCUCGCAUUGGCCAAUUCCCUCGAAGGCCUGGCUCCAUUCUACAUCAACCUGUUGAUUCUGCAGGGAUUGGGCCUUUUCCCCUUCCGACUCCUCGAAUUCGGAAGUGUCGCACUCUACCCCUUCCAAUUCCUAUCAGCACGCACGCCACGGGAAUAUGCGGAGCUGUCAACUCCUCCCAAGUUCAGCUACGGUUUCUCCAUCCCGCAAACCAUCUUGAUAUUAGUCAUCUGUGUGGUUUACAGUGUGUUCCCGAGCUCGUGGCUGAUCUGCCUAUUCGGGCUGAUCUACUUCACAGUCGGCAAAUUUAUCUACAAAUACCAACUGCUAUAUGCCAUGGAUCACCAGCAACAUUCCACUGGCCGCGCGUGGCCGAUGAUUUGCAAUCGCGUGUUUGUGGGGCUGUUGGUUCAUCAGCUGGCCAUGAUUGGUGUUCUGGCUCUGCGCCGAGCUAUCACGCGGUCGCUACUCCUGGUGCCACUUCUAGGCUUCACCGUUUGGUUUUCAUACUGGUUUGGGCGUACAUACGAGCCCCUGAUGAAGUUCAUUGCCCUCAAGAGUAUCAAUCGGGACCAGCCGGGUGGUGGCGACAUCUCCCCCUCGCCUUCAUCGACCUUCUCACCGCCAUCAGGCCUAGAUCGCGAUAGCUUUCCGAUACGCAUUGGCGGACAUGACCUCGAUUUGCGGCUGAGGAAGUACGUCAACCCGAGCUUGAUUAUCCCGUUGGAUGCUGCCUGGCUCCCUGGUCCCAACCCCGCUCGAGGCAACGGAAACGGCGCGUCCGCGCUGGACGUCCAUCCGACACAGAGCGUUUGA